UGAGAAGCAGUCAUUUGCAUAUACAGCGCUGAAUUAUAUACAUGGCCAUGUAGAUGUUUAAAGAAAUAGAGUAACUUUACCCCGUUUGCCGUCUGUGGGCAGCCAAGACAUUCAAUAUUAUAUUGCAAGAACAGUUUUGGAAAAAGCGAGGAAUAUGAACAGUGAACGACCGAUCAACAGUCAAAAUCAAACUUGCCCAACAGAUGAUGAUUACAAGUACCUGGUUUACACGUCCAUCUACAUCAUUGUUUUUCUCAACGGGUUGCUUUUUAAUGGGGCAGCCGUAUAUGUUUUCUGCAAGAUCAGAAAAAAGAAAGGCAUUUCUACCAUAUGCUUGCUGAAUCUUGCAAUUGCCGAUCUUCUCUUCAUAUUUUUUCUGCCCCUGAGGAUAACCUACUAUCAGAAGGCAGGAACUUGGAUAUUUGGAGACUUCCUGUGCCGCAUCACCACAUUCUCUUUCUAUUUCAGCAUGUAUUCCAGCAUCUUCUUCUUGGCUUUUCUGAGUGUGUUCCGGUAUAUGUCAGUGGUACACCCUGGAAUGAUUAAUGUGCAGACAGUUAUUAAAGUUUGUGCAUGUGUCUGGGUUUUUACAGGUGCCAGCACGUCGCCCUUCCUACUGUCUGGCACCAGCAUCCGGGAUGAUGUUAUAAAGUGCUUUGAGCCCACUGUAAUGUCAGCUUGGAAAAGAGUAAUGUACAUGAACUAUUAUGCUUUGGUUGUUGGAUUUGUGCUCCCAAUACUGAUGAUUGCUGUAUGCAAUGGGCUACUUAUCAGACACAUAGUACUUAUGCCUAUGGAGAAGAAAAGUAUUAGGAAACAAGUUACUAUGAUUGUCUUGGUUCUUUUAGUUUGCUGUCUUUGUUUUUUGCCAUACCACAUUCAGAGGACUAUCCAUUUACACUAUUUAAUUCAUCACCCAGAUAUAUGCAGCUUACAUGAUAUUCUGCAGAAGACCGUUGUUGCAACCCUGUGUUUGGCCGUGCUGAACACCUGCUUGGACCCCUUGUUGUAUGUAUUUAUAGGCCAUGGUUACAAAGCAUGGUUACUUUUAAUAUGUACGCCCAAGAAAUCUAUAAAUGCAAAACCUGCAUCUACUGACUCAAGUGCCGUCAUUCAGGUGAUGGCAGAGGAAGUUCAAAUGACCGACUGUGCAGGAGAACCCAAUAAUGGAACAGAUGCUUAUCUGAUGACCUCCCCACACACAUGAAGACUUACUGUAUAAUUAGUUUGGUGUAAAGAUUUUGGGGAAAAAAUGUUUAAAAAAGAAUAAGUCAAAUGUAUUCAGUUUUAUCAAAUGAAUCAUAUCUACAGUUGGGUGGCAGCAUUAUUAUAAUGGCAGAACAUGUCGCAAACUAGAAAAAAACAUAACUUGGAUAAGCGCAAAAGCUAUUUGCAGGGAUAAAAUCAUGCAAGACAGAGGUAAGACACUAUGAAAGGGUGUCCAGUUAAAGGGGACACACAUUUCAACACAAGACCUGAAAAAUGCUUUUCAAUAAGGUUGCAUUACUUAAUUAUUUUGCAUUAAAAGUUAUUUUUUAUAGUAAUUGCCUAAUAUUAAUUGGGUGUGAUACUGAGCUGUAUUAGAAGUGGGACAAAAUUGGUAAGUGGUGGCGGUACCGUACCCAGGUCUGUUUCAGUAGAACCUGUAUUGCAGAUAAAUAUUUGGUUAUGUUCAUUUUGUCAGCAUAUUUCAAUCAGUUAGUUCUCCAGUAUAUAUUGUUUACUCAGUAUUGCAACAGAGUACGUCUUUUAUUUUUUGCAGAUUGAUCAAUAUGUGACUCUAAUAUGGAAUUAAUUAUCUAUACUUCAAUUACAGGUUUAUUCUGAUAAGCAUUCACUGUGUUUAAUCUGUAAUGCAUGAAACUAGUUUGUUUAAUUUGUUUGACAUUGCAACAUGCUGCACUAUGAGCCUCUACCUAUUGUUUUAUUGAGUUUAUCAGGUGCUGGUACAGAUUGGAGGAGGUUAUUUGUUGGUGUUUAAUUAUGCUUUGUUUCAUAUCAGCACUAGAUAAAUGGUCUCAUUUUGGCUAGAAAGCUAGAAGCAAUUUGUGCUCGACUGUAUCGCAGCCCCCGUGCUGGCAAGCAGCAAUUAGUGAAAAGUGACCCGUUUUGGCACCCAAACAGCACUUUUUGCAUCAUGCCCAGUACUUUGGUUGGGUUUAACCAUUUUAAGUGGCUAAACCCAGCCUAUCUGUGCGUGAUCAGCGCACUAAACAAAAAAAGUUUUUGAAUUGCACCCAGUGAUCUUCCAUCACUUUAGACUGAAGAUCGGGGAGUGCAAAACAUUUUCAUUUUCCCUUUUAAAUAACUUUGAGUUCAGGCAAUAAAAUGUAAAUAAGUGAUUUGAAGAUGCUUUAAUUUAAAUGUUGAAUUUAAGUGUUUCAAAAAAGUGCUUUGUUUUUUGUGUACAAUUGUGGAAGUACAGUAUAUGUUACAGCAAACCAUGGCUGCCGGAGGGCGGUGGUUACACACAAGUAGGAGGGUCACACACACACCAGGGGUCAGACACUCACUCAUGCACAUUGCACACACACCUACACUUACACACACUCACAAAACAUUGCACUUACUGCUGCUGCAGGAGUCCGGAUCCAGAUGCUGGAGGAGAAGACACCUCUUCAGAAUGUUAGUAAUUAUUAACUAAAAUAGAUAAUUGGAAACUUCCAAUUGCUUAGUUAGUCCUUAGGGAGUAUGCGGUAGGGGGGGCCAGAGCAAGUCACAAUCAUUUUUCCUAAAUAAAAAUAUACUAUAGAAAUCACAGCGUCUGAUUUUAAUCUCCUCUAAUUGAAUAGAAAAACCAUGUGGGGUCUUUUAAAUUUCCCGCUCUUAAUUGGAUUUCCCCCAAAGACUCUCAAAAUGUCUAAAUUAACUUGACAAGAAAGGCUAUGGGUAAUCUGAGGGGUGGAUAGUCUUAAUUGCUAGGGAUUAGGUCUAAAAGGAUUGCAACCAGAAAAAGGCGAUAAGAUGAAUAAAAUAAAGUCCCAAUAGUUGCUUAAAAUAAAUGAGUGUGAACAAAGAGCAAACUGUCACUUUAGGGAGUCAAAGUUUGGUUGAUGUUGUAAGUAAUUCAUGGAAAUACAUCUCUCAACUGUCCUUGUGGUUUGUGAUCGUGGGAGGUGCAUUGUCUCACCAGUGUCCAUUCUAGGACAAGUGUCUUAGAGCGCUGGGGAUUUUGGAGAACUGCAUUGCAGUGUUUAUAAGGAGGGUUCUGGGAUGAUUAGAAGUUUUUCCAUAACCUCCUGGCCAGGCUCGACUGUUCUAACCAAUGAGUGGUAGCACCAGUCAGUAGUUGUAGUUGUGCUGUUGUGAUUAAAAGCACCUAUGAUAUUUGAAGUUCCGUUGCCUUAAAAUCCAGGUAAUCAUCUGAAGUUUUUUUUGUUUGUUUUUAUGAUGGUAGAAGGGCAAAGAUCUUAAAAAAGUUUUUCAUUUAAGUGCACUAAAAAUCUGUAUUAGGAGAUUCCCAUGAAGCUGUAAAACCUUUCUUUCAUAGCAAACUAAUACAGGCAGAAUUAUGAUAACUUGCGGACACUGUUCCAAAGAUAAUUUAACUCUGAAGGCUCUGGUUCAGAGGUGAAUGCAGUGCCAAUGUCUGUCAAACUGAGCGAUUAUUUGAUACUACACAUGCUCAAAAAGUCCUGAGAACCCCUAAAGCGCUGGUAGGCCUAGGUGGUGACUGGAAGGUGUUCUAAAGUGACUGCAUAAGAAGGUUAUCUCAUGGGUAUAUUAUGGGAGUGUGAUAGACUCACGACCAGAUUAAGCCUUGCGGGGGCCUGUGGCACUUAGGACAUGGAAACCCUGGUAGAGGGAGAGGGUGUAAAUUAGAUUGUGCAUACCUCUCAACAUGA